GGGAAGGGGAGGGACGAGGCGCUUGCCAGCACGGUAGUAAUUUUUUUUUUUAAUUAGGGGAAGGAAGAAAAUAUAAAAGGAGGAGGGAAAAAAAAAAAAAAAGGAAAAAAAAGAGGCGAGGACGCGGACACACACAGAGAUCGCCUCUUUUCUCGGUGCCUGCACUUAUGCCUGGCGGAGCUCGCUCCCAGCCGCCCUGCCAACCUGCUGCCGAGCGCAUCCCGUGCCUGCGCUCUCCCGGCGGAGCUGCGGCUCGGCUCUGCGGCGCCGCUCGCCCGCAGCCCCCCCGGCUCCCCGCCCGGGAAAGUUGCCUCUGCCGCCUGCACCGGCUCCGGCUGCCCCGGGAACGCCGCCGCGCACGGAGCAAGGGCCCAGGAUGGCCUCGGCCCUCCCGCUGCUGCUGCUCUGCGCGCUGGCCCCCGCGGCGGUGCCGGCCGCCUUCGGCCCCGAGGACGGCGCAGACGACCCCAAGGCCCUGCAGGUCUCCAUCCCGCGGCGCCCGGCGCUCGACGCCGUGCUGGCGGGCGACGUGACCAUCCCCUGCCUCAUCACCUACCUGCGGCCGGUGCCCACGGCCAGCACCGCCGGGCGCCGCGCCGUCCUGGGCGCUCCCCGCGUCAAGUGGACCUUCCUGGCCGAGGGCCGGGAGCUGGAGAUCCUGGUGGCCCGCGGGGACCGGGUGAAGGUGAGCGAGGAGUACCGCCUGCGCGCCUCGCUGCCCAUCUUCCACCGGCAGUACACCAACGCCUCGCUGCUGCUCACCGAGCUGCGCCCCAACGACUCGGGCAUCUACCGCUGCGACGUGCAGCACGGCAUCGAGGACGGCCACGACAUCCUCGACCUCAAAGUCAAAGGGGUGGUGUUUCACUACCGCGAGGGCUCCACGCGCUACGCCUACACCUUCGCCGAAGCCGGGGAGGCCUGCGCCAGGAUCGGCGCCCGCAUCGCCACCCCCGAGCAGCUCUACGCUGCCUACCGCGGCGGCUACGAGCAGUGCGACGCCGGCUGGGUGGCCGACCAGACCGUGCGGUACCCCAUCCACACGCCGCGCGAGGCCUGCUACGGCGACAUGAACGGCUUCCCCGGCGUCCGCAACUACGGCGUCGUGGACCCCGAGGACAUGUACGACGUGUACUGCUACGCCCAGGACCUCGCAGGGGAGAUCUUUUUGGAGACGGCGCCGGAUAAAUUCACGCUGGAGGAGGCGGAGGCGCGCUGCCAGGCGCUGGGGGCCGAGCUGGCGAGCACGGGCCAGCUCUACGCGGCCUGGAGCGGCGGCCUGGACGCCUGCAGCCCCGGCUGGCUGGCCGACGGCAGCGUCCGCUACCCCAUCGUCGCGCCGCGGGAGCGCUGCGGCGGGAGCCUGCCCGGCGUCAAAACCAUCUUCGUCUUCCGGAACCAGACGGGAUUCCCCGACGCCCACAGCCGAUACGACGCGUACUGCUUCCGAGAAGGGACAAACUCGUUCCCUGAGGCUCCAGGAAAAGCCCGAGCCAGUGAGCCCGAGGGCCUCCACGGGAUUGUUACAGUGGCAGAAAAGCUGGAGGAGCUGCAGCUGCCCGAGGCGCAAGUGGAGAUUGAGUCGCGCGGGGCCAUUUACGCCGUCCCUUUCCUUAAGGCUGCGGCUGAUGCGGAGCUGGAAAAGCCGAGCCUUGCCCCCGAAGAGCCGGCGGGGCCCCCGCUAGCCCCCUCCGCGUCCCCCCCGGCCCCGGGUGCCCCCGAGGCGGGCGCCCCGCGUAGCUGCGGCACGGAGCCCGGCAGCCCGGUGCCGGCAGACGAGGAGGGGGCGCGAGGGACGGGCACGGACUGCCCGGAGGCCGCUCGCGAGCCGUCCCGCACGGAGGAGCAGCGGGAGCUGGAGCGAGCGCGGGGCGCCUCGGCGGGCGGCGAGCGCCGGGAGCCGGCGGAGCAGAGCGGGAGCCGCCGGGGCGCAGAGGACCCCCAGCCCACGGAGCCGGCCAGCCCCGGACAGCCCCCCUCCGUGCUGCUCCAGGCGGGAACGGUGCCACCCGGUGCCACUUUUGCAGCCUCGACGGAUCCCCGCGAGCCGGGGGAGCCCAUCACCCCGGCGCCAGGGCGGGUCAGCACCCAUGGCCCCGCAGCCGGCGGCUCUCCGGAGGAUGCCGAGCUCUCUGGAGACGUCGUCCCCAGUGCCGGAGGAGCCGAGGGUCCCGCAGUGUCGCCGCUGCCCCCCGCGGCCACGGUGCCGCUGCCGGAGGACGGCGAGGAGCAGUCGGGGGCCCCGUGGCUCCCCGCGGCCACCGGCCACGGCGGCACCCUCGCCGUGACGGCGGCCGCUGCGCCGGGCCGCGGGGAGGACGGGAAAGCCGACGGCGGGAGGCCCUCGCCCGGCGCCGCUUCGGAGGAGGAAGAGGAGGAGGAGGAGGAAGAGCGGCCCGCUCCCUCCGUCGCCACCGCGGAGGGUUUCCUCGCAGCCGUUCCCGGAGAACCAGGUGACUGCGUCCCCAACCCCUGCCUCAACGGAGGGACCUGCACCGAGGACGGCGACGGCGUCGGCUGCCUGUGCCUGCCCGGCUACGGCGGGAGCGCCUGCGAGAGACCCCUGCAGCGGUGCAGCCCCGGCUGGGACAGCUUCCAGGGAGCCUGCUACAAGCACUUCUCCACCCGGCGCAGCUGGGAGGACGCCGAGGGCCAGUGCAGGCACUACGGGGGCCACCUGGCCGCCAUCCUGACCCCCGAAGAGCAGGACUUCAUCAACGAUCAGUACCGGGAGUACCAGUGGAUCGGCCUCAACGACCGGACCAUCGAGGGGGACUUCCAGUGGUCCGACGGGAGCCCCUUGCUCUACGAGAACUGGCACCCCGGGCAGCCCGACAGCUAUUUCCUCUCCGGGGAGAACUGCGUGGUGAUCGUGUGGCACGACGGCGGCCAGUGGAGCGACGUGCCCUGCAACUACCACCUCUCCUACACCUGCAAAAUGGGCCUGGUGCUGUGCGGCUCCCCGCCGGCCGUGAGCAACGCCCGCAUGUUCGGCAAACCAAAGCAGCGCUACGAGAUCGACUCCAUCGUGCGGUACCAGUGCCGCGAGGGCUUCGCCCAGCGCCACUCGCCCCUCGCCCGCUGCCGCGAGGACGGGACGUGGGAGCAGCCCCCGCUGCGCUGCCUCCCCGGCCCGGCUCGGACCCCCGACGACUGAGCAAGCCCCCCGGGCAGGAGCCACCGCCUCCCCGGGCGCCGAAACCAGCAGGGAGAGAAACCCACCUUUCCGUGUCGCCUUCUCGGCCGUUUUAUACCUGUAUAAAGAGUUUCUAAUAACUAAAGAUUCCCUUCGAGAGACUCAGCAGCGAGCCGAGGCGCUGCAAAGCCUCGCUCUGCGCACGCGGCGUUUGGUCCCUGGAGUCGUAACGGAGUCAAAGCGGAGCCGGGACCGCGGGGUGACGACGCCGGUGUCGCCUCCGGGUCCUCGCCCUGCUCCGUCCUCCCCUGUCGGGGACCGCAAAGCCUUCGCGCUUCCCGGGAGAGGAGGGCAAAGCUGCCGCCCGGCACACGCUGCUCAAAGCGCGUCUGUCCCCCUCCCCAAAACCCCCCUCCAGGCUGCUGUUGAUAUUAAAACAAAUAAACCCA